AUGAAAUCAAAAAAAACUCCAAAAAAACCAUUUAUCUCUGGAAUUUUAGGUGUUCAAGGUGCAGGAAAAACCACAUUUACAAAACUGAUAAAAAAAUUAGGCGAAAAUGAAAAUUUAUCAAUUUAAGUGUUUUCUAUUGAUGAUUUUUAUUUAACUUUAGAAGAAAGAUAACUUCUUUUUGAAAAAGAUAAUAGGUUUUUAUAUAGAGGACCUCCAGGGACUCAUGAUAAUUAAUUACUAAAAUAAGUUUUGGAAAGUUUAGAACAAGGAAAGGUCCCUAUAGAAGUUCCUAUAUUUGAUAAGUCUGUGUAGGAAGGAAAAGGGGAUAGAGUUGGGUUCGAAAAAUGGGAAAAAAUCCCUGAUUUAGUCCUUUUUGAAGGCUGGUUUGUUGGCUUAUAAGGAUCUGGAACUGAAUUAAGGUAUUUAAAGCCAUUAUAAGAUGAGAAUGAUAUGAAAUUCGCAGAAGAUUGUAGAGAAAUUUAAAAAAAUAUGAAAUUUUGUGGAAAUACAUUGAUUCUUAAGUUGUAUUAAGUCCAAUAACAUUUGAAUAUAGUAGAAUAUGGAGAAAAUAAGCUGAAAAAAAGAUGA